AUGGUAAUACUUACAAAAGCUCUUCUCUUCCGGGGUGGCAUUGAAGAAGAAGAAGAAGAAGAAGAAGAAGAAGAAGAAGAAGAAGAAGAAUUGGGAACUUCGCUAAGAAUGAGCAUCUCGAAUCAGGAAGGAACCAGGACAUCAGGUGAUUCUCACUAUGUAGUGAUGCUUGCCCAAUUUGACAGCCACAAAGAGGAGCUAGGUAGGCAUCACCAUCACUCACCUUCACAUUUUUGGCGAAUUUUGAUCGUAGUCACACAACGAAACCAAGUCAAAACUGGUUAUCCAAGGAGGGAACCCAGAGCCAAAAAUACGAGUGAUUAUUUUGGACUCACAGGAGAACAAGACAAGUGA